AACUCCCUUGGCAUGGCAACGUAAACUCUGGCCUGCUCACCUAGCGUGCGAGACUGAAGUCUUCAGCCUGGUCUAAAGGGAGGGCACAGCAGGAGAGUCCCAGCAGCCCUCUGGCGUGUGAUGGGUGCCUGUCUUUGCCCCUCUGAUGAUCCAGAGAGCCCCAGCCAGCCUCCCUGCAGACCGCUCUGCUUCCACCCAUACAUCAAAGGCUCCCAGGUCAUGAUGGAUGAGUCCUGCUGUAUAGCUAGCAGAGUAGCCACAUUCCACGACGGCAUCGUCUUCUCCAACCGGCCUGUUGAACUUUAUGAGAAGGUGACCGUGAAAAUCUUAACAGAAGACAGCAAGUGGCAUGGAGGCCUCCGGGUGGGCUUCACCUGGGAGGACCCCUCCCUCCUUGAGCCCUUUGAGCUGCCUCCGUUUGCUUGCCCAAACCUGGUCAAACAAGGGAAGUGUUGGGCUUGUGUCUUGCCGGAUGAAUAUGGAGCAGAAGGCAUGAUAGUCAGCUUCUGGGUGGACAGCCAAGGCUACGUUUUCUGCAGCGUCAAUCAGGAGUCAGAGUAUUUGUUGCUAUUAGAGGGUGUCUCUGUCACAAGGCCUCUCUGGGCUGUUAUGGAUAUCUAUGGAAGGACCAAAGCUGUCCAGCUCCUGGAUCCCUCAAGUCUCACCACAAACACUGAAGGGCCCGGCCUUCUUCGGCUGAAUCUAGAUGAGCAGAGUGAGUCUGCCCACAGGGAAAAUGUUGGCGAUGACUGUGCCAUCUGCUUUGGGUACAAAGCCAACACGAUGAUGCUCCCCUGCACUCAUGCCAACUUCUGUUCCGACUGCUCCUUGAAAAUCCUCAACACCAGUGGCCGCUGCCCAUUGUGCCGGCAGGAAGUGAAGAAAAUUCUUCACGUCUCACUUUUGGCAGAAAGAGAGAGCCCAGAACUCUGGCCGGGAAAAGCAAAGAACAUCUGCCCCUUUCGGUGACAAAAACAUGUGCCAUUGAUGCUCUUGAAAUAUUUCAGAUCUUGAUGAAGAACCCACAUCAAAGAGGCGAAGAAGGCAAACAGCUGACUUUAGAAAGAGAGAUGAGCAAGGAAAGGAUCCCAGCAUGGCGAGCUGGAGGAGAUGGGCUGCUUAGAAGUGCCAUAGUAAGAGGGGGAGGAGUAUGUAAAGAGUCUCCCCUUCGUAAAAAGACACUUUUGCCUUUGAAAAGCAUCAUAAUGCUGGGUUUAGAAUGGCAACGUCUAACAUUUGACAUUAGGAUUGAAACAAGAUAAGGAGAAGUGGGGAUCGUGGCAUUUAAGAGGGAUUAAACUGAUGUUGAAAAUAUCCAAGAAGUCCCAAGAUGGCAGGUGCACUGAGAGGGGAGAACACCCUUUAUUAAUCAUACAUUUCAACUCUCUCUCCCAAGCAAUAUAAAAGAUACAGAUUAACCAGGCCAUGGAAUGCGCUUUUUUCUUAGAAACACACACCAGUUCCUUAAUCUUAUCUUAUACCCCCAUCCCUCUUUUAGGCUGUUAGAUAGAGAGGAGUAAACCAUGGCAGGUGCAAAGAUUGUUUCCCUUGGGAAAGAGAGACUCUCCAAACAGGCAGUGCAGAAUGGAUAGUUUUUAGAGCAGGAGGAUCCAACAGGAUCCAAUGGUAUAGGGAAGCCAUUAUGGGAUUUCAAAAGAGAGGGGGGAAAGGAAGGGAACUCAGGGGCAGUAGGAGCAUAAUGAAGACUUCCUCACCCAAGUUCCUUCCAGAUAUUUUGGACUAUAACUCCCAUCAGCCCAAUGCUGGCUGGGACAGAUGAGAGUUGUCGAGUUGUCUGGAGGGCACCAGGUUGAAGGAGGCCAACAUAAUGCACGACAUCAGCAGAAAAGCACAGAAUGCUGUGGUCUCCUGGAGGCUUAAGAGACCUGCUGUCCUUCCUACUGUUUGGUGGAAUGGGAAAUUCCCAUACAGGGAGAGGCCCAAAACGUAAUCAUUCAAGUCAGGAAAAAAUGGGGAUGAUGUGCUGUAUUUUGCUCCAAUUAGAUAGUUCUACACAUUUUGUCUCAGAAGACAUGGUGAAACUAGCAGGGUUGAUCCACCAUAUUGAGAUGAAAAGAGCAGGGAAGAAACAGCACAUGAAGAGUGGCUACAGAUUGCCAAUCUUUUCUCUGGCCCUGUUCUUUUGCUUUUAACGGAUGGUGUGAAAUGUAAUCAAGCAGGUGAAACUUUUUCCUAUUCCAAAGAGAAAUGGUGGACAAAACUUUACCUGCUAAAUUUAUGUCAGCUUGCUUUUAAAGGCACAGAACAUAAAAAUUCCUGCUUAAUAAUAUUUUAUUUCUUGUAGUAGUUUUUUGGCCUUACUUUAAUUGGGUUUUUAUACAAUAUUGUAAGUUGUCUUCCAAUUCUGUCUCUAGAGAGGGAAUCAAUGCAUUUAGUAAGAACACUAUGCAUCAUCUUUUUAAACUCUUAGAAUUAUAUGCAACAUAGCAUUAAAGUGAACGUUCAGUUUGCCCAAGGAUUUCUCCUUGUGCAAUGGAACAUUCUCCCCCCUUGUGCCCCUAAAUCUCUUCAGAAGGUUCCCCUUACCCUCCAGAGAGUAUUUGGGAACAGUAAGGGGGAGGAGAGUCCAUUGUGCUAGUGCAUCUGUUUAGUUACAUACCACCCUUAAUUUUACCAUCAAAGUCUGUAUUAGGGCAAUACCUUUAUUAGGUCAACCAAAAUAUUAUAAAAUCAUGUGCAAGCUUUUGGGUUCUCCAGAACUCUUCCUCAGUUUAGAUGGUAAACAGAGCAACUGGGGGUAAAGGCAUGGGAAGUGGGGAAAAAGAACUUUUUUGGCCAACGGUGAAGCUAUGGAGCCUGCAUCUGGGCAGUCUUGAGACGAAAUUAGGGGUAAUAUUUAAAUGAUGCUCUUUUACAUGCUAGGUAGGUAUCAGACAACAAUGAACAAUGUUUGAUUCUCUAUCUCUGAAAACCACAGCUUGAGAAAGUUCCUUUUUUGAACUACAACUCGCAUCAGCCCAAUCCAGUGGCCAUGCUGGCUAGGGCUGAUGGGAGCUGUAGUUCAAAAAACAAAAACAAAAAACUUUCCAAGCUCUGCUGGAAACACAAGGACUGCUGCCUCUUACUCAGGUCUGUCUGCAUCAGCUGCAUUUUUAGCUGUUACUAUUUAGCAGAUACUACCGGUGUUUACUGUUCCAUUUUAUUUUAUUUUUGUAUUUGCUUCUAUACUUUCUCUGUAUUCCAUUG